CCCUGCCUCCAGGGCCAUACCCUGUUUCCAAUCCCUUCUGAAAGACUUCUCGAGCAGAGCACUGCCCUCAAGCAGAGUUGUAGCCUCUGAGAGAUGCCAUGACCUUCACCUUCACAGCCCUGCUCUGUCUUGGACACACUCUGGGACUCAGAAUCUCAGUGCUGGCAGGGUCCCUUCCUAAGCCUAUCCUUAGAGUACAGCCAGACUCUGUGGUCUCCAAGCAGAGUAAGGUGACCUUCUUGUGUGGGGGGACCCAAGGAGCCAGAUGGUACUGUCUUUAUAAAGAAGGAAGCCAAUAUCCACUGUGCAAAGAAAUUCCAUCUAAAUCUGGCAACACAGCUGAAUUCCCCAUCUCAAAAAUUGACGAGCACCAUGCAGGACAUUACUACUGUUAUUAUCAGAUCAAUGGUAAACAUUCACAGGUCAGUGACGCCCUGGAGCUCGUGGUGACAGGAGCACACAGUAAACCCAGCCUGUCAGCCCAGCCCAGCCCUGUGGUGACCUCAGGACAGAAGGUUAUCCUCCAGUGUGUGUCAGGGCAGAAUUAUGACAGGUUUAUUCUGACUAAGGAAGGACCACAAAAACUCUACCAGAUGCAGAACUCAUGGUAUAACUAUACUACUAGGAAAUUUGAGGCCUUCUUCUCUGUACAUCCAGUGACCUCCAACCAGAGGUGGACAUUCAGAUGCUACUACUAUGACAGUCAUAACCCAGAAGUGUGGUCAGAGCCUAGUGACCCCCUGGAACGCCUGGUCUCAGGUGAGGAACCACAUCCUUUCCACUUAAUGGUGAGGUGAAACGGUGCUCAGGGAGGCUUCAUGUUGUGUUUUGUUCAAAAGAGAGAACCAGGAUAUGUUUUGUAGAGCCAAGUAUGGUGAAGUGUGAGGAGUGCCUCUGAAGGACCCAUCCCUUCCCUAUCAGGUACAAACCAUAUGACAGAUAUUGUAUAGAAUAGAGUUUGUUUAUGGACAUGAGAAGGGGAGUUGAAUAGAGACAGGCAGAGAGAGGGGGAGGGGAAAAGGUCAGUCAGGAAUACUUGGACAGAGAAGCGGGGUGGAGUGUGCAUGAAGGAACAGAGGGAAAAGAAAUCAGAGAGAAAAAAAGGCAAAGAGAAUAGGAGAGUGAGGAGGGAACAAACACCUCUUUUCUAGGAAG